AUGAAAGAAUAUAUUGAAUACUUGUAAAACCUUCUGAAGUAGAAUAAGAUUGAAUUCGAAUAGGAAGAGGACUUUAUUUAACAUAAGGUGAGCCAAAUUAAUAAUGAAUUUGGAUAUGAACACAUCAAUAGAUACAAAAGAUAGAUGAUCUUAUCUGAGAUAGGUUUGACAGGCUAGAAAUAGAUUCAUCUUGCAAAGGUAUUGAUAGUAGGAGCAGGAGGUAUAGGAGCUCCUGCAAUAUAUUAUUUGGCUGGAGCUGGAGUUGGAACAAUAGGAUUAGUUGAUGGUGAUAGUGUAGAUGUAUCAAACUUACAUCGUCAAAUAAUUCAUAACAAUUAUAGAUAAGGGAUGAAUAAGUGUGAAUCAGCAAAAUUAUAAAUUAAUGAGUUUAAUCCUUUAGUGAAUGUUAUUACCUAUAAGCAUCAUUUAUCAUCUGCAAAUGCAAUAGAAAUCUUUUAAAAUUACGAUGUCAUAUUGGAUGCUACUGAUAAUCCUGCAACAAGAUAUUUAAUUAAUGAUACAGCAAUAUAUCUAAAUAAACCUUUGGUUUCAGGUUCAUCAGUUGGAUGGGAGGGUUAGAUAACAGUGUAUGGAAUGUAGGGACCUUGCUAUCGAUGUCUAUUUCCACAAUGUCCUAAGACUGUAUAGAAUUGCAAUGAAGCAGGAGUAUUUGGAGUUAUGCCAGGGUUGAUUGGACUCAUAGAAGCAUUGCAGGCUAUUAAAAUAAUUAUUGGACAGUAGACUUUAUCAUAAAAGAUGAUACUAAUAGAUGGAUUAAGGGAUGUCUAUAAAGUUGUAAAGCUGAGAGGAUAACAGAAGGAUUGUAUAGCAUGUUAAAAGUAAAUAAAAAUAAAUGACUAUGAUUAUGCAUCCUUUGCAUAGACUAUUUGUAGCUCAUCUAUUCCUUAUAGAGGAGGAUAUAAAGAGAUUGAAUGGAAAGAUUUCCUAUAGAUUUAAAGAAGUGAGAAAGUAGCUUUAUUGGAUGUCAGGCCAAGCUCGUAAUAUAACAUUAUCAAAUUGGAUGGAUUCACAAAUCUUCCAUAUUCAUAAAUUGAUUAACUUUAAGUUGAAGAAUAUAAGGAUAAAGAAAUCUACAUCAUGUGCAGAAGAGGUAAUAAUUCAAGGUUGGCUUGUGAAUAUCUAAAGGAUAAAACACCAAAUAUAUAUAAUAUUAUCGGAGGAAUAGAUUUAUAUGCAAAGUUAUAUGAUCCUAAAAUGCCGUUGUUAUGA